AUGGCUCUACUCUGCCUGCAAGGCGAAUAUUUUGUCUCAACCGUGCCGGGCGUCAUCGUUGCUCUCUCCUUGUCUGACCAGAAGGCGUCUGUUUUCUUGUACCAUGUUAUGCUAGCAGAAGAGUUCCUUCUAGAGGUCUUCCAACUAUACUUGUACACAAACGCCGCAGUUUGGAUAGCCUCCAAAUGCUGCUGCAAUGAUGAGGAGGUCAGCAGGAGUCCCACGGCCGAAAUCCCCCAACUUGAAUACCAGGAAUUGGCCUAUGACGAUGAUGGUGACAUUUUCGAAUUGCCAGUCCCUGGUUCUUUCUCAGCCAGCAACCAGCAGACUGGCAAUGAUUCACAACAUUGCCACGAAGACAGAAUUUUCAGCAACGGUGGUGGUCAAGGAGGAGAGGAUAAGAGGGAAAAGAAAGGGGAGAAAGACGAAGAGGAUCUAGACACCGAGGACGAGAGUGAGGAGAGUAAAGACAACGUCUCGAAAAUAGACAAGACCGGCGAUAAGAGAGCGAUACGGAAUCCUCUUGUGACGGGUCCUCCGCACCUCGCCGUCGCAGCCGUUACCGUGAGCUGCACGCUUUUUACAAUAUCUCACUGCACCUGGCAGCGGUAG